GGGCUAGCGAGAGGGUCCAGAUUUGAUGCCGCGUUGAUGCCGAUGCAGGACCGCCGCUGCGGUUUGCAGCCCACGAGCAAGCUGUAGCAUCCAGCACGCAGGAUGGCAGACCGAUAAGCUUCGACUCGCAGCAGACCGACAGCUGCAGCCGCCAGAGCGCCGACAGCCCAAGAGGGCGGCAUGGCGAGGUGCAGCGCAGCAGCCGCGAGGGCGGAGCACGCUAGCGAGCGAAGCUUCCGAGGGAUCGUCACGCACGCGCCCUUCGCAUGCUGCAUGCUGCUUCUGCUUCCCGUCUUCCACGCAUCUCAGCUACGAAACCUCAAGCGCCGGGAGCCGCUUCGCUGUCGCCGCAGCUCUUCUGCACGUCUGCCGCGCAGGAGAGCGGCAUCGCAUGUCACGCGCAGCGAACGGAGACACAGGAAGAAGGCCCGCCGCCCGCCAGCCGCUCGCGAGCUCGGAUCUCGAUCCCAGCCAUCACUAGCCUGCAAGACUAUGGCGCUACGCCUCGCGGCUGAAGGUGAUCGACGGCUGCUACGCCUUGCUCGACAGCAGCGGAAACCGCGCCGGCGACACAGCGGCAGCUGACGUCCUCUCGCGCACGGAACGCCGGCUGUGUGCCACUUCCUCCAUCUCUUGCCUCGCUGCGGAUCUGCCUGCCCGAUGGCUGAUGAAGCAUCCUCGUCGGUGCCUGUGCGUCAUGCGCCGUCGGCCGAUGCCCUGCCUCUCGUAGUAGCCGC